CCUUAAUUGAGCUUGGUCCAAAAUACAUUUCAGUCUUGGAAAAAACAUUCGGGGUGUUCUACAGCUGUGGCCUCACUCUCGGAUUCUUCCUUCGUCAUCAUGAGCUCUUGCACUCUUCCGAGGAGCUGCAGUUUAUCAUGGCUGCAUGCUUCUCAGACCUCGUGAAGCUGGUUACUGGCAUUAGCAUUAAUUACACCAGAAAGCAGCUACAUGUCUCAUUCAGUACCCGUAGCUUCGACGAGCUUUUUGGCAAGACGAUCAACACCUUCUUCUACCAUGGUGAUCAUUUUACAGACACCGUGUGGGCGACACGCCUUCAAAGCUUAGCGAAGCCUGGUGACGUGUCGGUUGACCUCGUUCGGGAAUUCUUAAUGCCCCAUGACACAGUCAUUCGAACUCUGGCCGUAACCCGAUUCAUCAGAAGGCCGCGCGCGGAUUUCACCUGUGAAUGGUUCUACCGACAUCUGACGGAUUUCACACAAAGCGGAAAGGAAUUGCUCCUCGUGACUGGGCAACCAGCUACAGGAAAAACAUUCUUAUCGGAAUGGGUAGUUGAGCGGCUUCAGACCUUGACUGGCCGACGAGCUUCAGAAGUCAUGACUUACACAAUUGACCCCGACUUGAAGACUGAACAUACGUCCUUGAGUGUUGUAAAGGGUCUUCUUCUUCAAACUCUCCAACUGAACGUAGGCGACAAUGGGCUCUACAAGUCAUUGGCAUCCGCAUACGAACUUUCCGUCAAAGGCACUUCGAGCUCCCUUGUUGAGGAUGCACUAUGGAAAGCCCUUGAGGGUGGUCUACGCAGUGAUCGGAAUCAGACCAUUGUAGUUGACGGUGUUGAUAGCCUAAAGGGUGGAGAAGCUAGUAGCUUGAAAUUGCUGGCACGACUACACUCGCUGGCCUCCAAGCAUAGCAAGACGAAAUGUAUCGUCUUUUCCCGGCCAUUUUCCUCGGCCGUUCCUCAGAACUACUCCCAUUUCUCCAUCCAGGCCGAGCAUGUCAACCAGGAUAUCCACUACGUUGCAGAAUCCGAAUUGUCUACGGUCCAGUCGUUUGACUUCCUGAGUCAGAAAGAUCGCGCGACGCUCACCUCGACGCUCGUACAGGGGUCAACUGGUUCUUUUGGAUGGCUCCUUCAAUCCAUUGAGAUUCUUAAGGCCGAGAAGUCUCCAGAAACCAUUCUAAAGAAGGCCGAAGGUCUGCCGAAGACCCUCCCCGAGCUUCUCGAGCUCUCCAUUAAAUCAACUGACUUGCAUCACCGUGAUACAAAGUCGAUCCUGGCUUGGCUUCUUGCCGCCGAAAGACCACUGCUAGUUGGCGAGGUGCGUCAGUUAAUGGAAAUCGACACCUCAACCUGCACUCGUGCCCCUCGCCCGACUAGAGUUGAAGAUUUCGUCGCUGAAAGCCUUGGUCCUUUUGUCGAAGUCCGAGAUGGCUUUGUACGAUUCCGACACUCUACCAUCAAAGAGAACCUUUACCAGCGUGCGAUGUCAGUCACUGACUUCAAGAACACGGGUCCUUUCCCUUUCAACAUCCAGGAAGCUCAUUACGACUUAACAAUUCGCUCUCUGGCCUAUGUAAAGAUCACCUUGACACGUCCUGCGCAGCCAACUCUGGAGCCAUUGAAUCAUUAUGAACUGGAUGAGCUCUUCCGUUCAUACGAGCUUCUGCAAUACUCGGCCCGGUACUGGUCAACGCAUUUCCAGGCGUCGCCAAUGCAUGAACCCACUGUCCAGCACAAGAUCACGGCUGGUUUCAAAACGUGCUUCGCGGAUACUACCUUACUGCCCGUGAUUGAAGGUUCUUGUUAUCAGUUCCAGUUCUCCCUCAAUGAGGCCAUUGACCACUACCUCCUUACCCUAUCCGUCCGCCGCCUAGUCCUCGGCGCUUCUUCCGAGGCUGUUCUCCAGAACCUUUUGAACAUUGCCCGAACGAAGCAGGUGGUUCUUAAACCAGCGGAGGUCAAUGAAUACUACUACGAGGCGUGGCAAUUGGCAACGACACUCAGACUGACGAACAUUGCGACCACAUGUGCUCACAAGUACAUCGAGAUCACCUCUUCCAUCACGACAACCAAGAAGACCGACAUCACCACUCACCGAAUCGAGCUGUUGCAAUAUAUCAUCACUAUUCAGCGGGAGACCAAGGUUUCGGAGCGUGAGAUCAUUGUCUACUUGGAGUUGCUGGCCACCGUCUACAUCACCAUUGGUGAGACCGAGAAAGCCACCCACUAUCAACGAGAGAUCUACGAACUGAACGUGCGUAUCUACGGACGCAGCGCGCAGGAGACUAUCCGAUCGUACCAGACAUGGACUACUACCGUUCAAAAGAGCACCAAGAGCGAGGAGAUCUAUGAGAUCACAAAGAAGAACUAUGAGGAGUCCAUUCGCAGCUUGAGUGUGACGGAUUCGAAGCGUCUCGAGUUAACCUGGUCCAUGAUCGAUAUCUACGAAAAGCAGAAGGACACCCACAGAUUGGAAGAGAUCUUGGUCAGCCUGUGGCAGAGUCUGACCAGUGUCAAAUUCCAGAAAGAUAAGACGGUUCAGGAGACCAAGAUCGAUGUCGUGCUUCGCUAUGUGGAACUGCUGAAGCAGCAAAAGCGUACCCGGGAGGCCGAAAACAUCCUUCGCGCCAUCUGGAUUGAUCUUGAGCAUGAAGACACCCAAUCAACAACAGUCAUUACUCGCACGAAGACAAUUGGUGAUCAGUUGCAGAAGCUCGGGGCUGUUGAGGUGGCGUCCUCGAUCUUUGCCAAGCUUUGGGCCUACUACGUGAAAAGUGGAAAGCAGUCAUCGGCCGAAGCUGCAUCUGUUUCCACUUCUCUUACACAGAUCACAAGAGAAACCACCACCGAGACAACUUACGAAGUGACAACUCUGAGAGAAAUCUUCGAGACCACCAUCGUGACAUCGACCACCAAGACAGUCGACACCACAACUGUGAAGACGGCUGUGACAUUGAUUGAGACUUACUAUCAACAAAAGCAGUGGAGCGAGGUCGUCAAAGCCAGCACGAUCACCAUUGGGAGGUUAUGGCCAGGGUUCACCAGCGAUUCUCUCGACACCCCGUUGCCAACAACGUACACCACAGAGAUUAUCGAGCUCAUUAACCGCUUGGCAUUUUCUUACUUCAAGCUUCGCCAGAUUGAGUCUGCCGAAAAGACAUACCUUCGGAUCUUCUACGCGGUAAAGGCCACUCCUAACUCGCCGGAUGAGCUUCUACUCUCGACGUCGAAGACGCUCAUAGACUUCUAUGAGAGUCACUCGAUGCUCCAGAAGACUGUGACUAUCUACAGAGAUCUGUACUUUGAGAUUCAGAAACGACAUGGCAAGACUAACACGUUGACUAUCAACACACUGUACACGCUGGCAGACGUCUCCAUGCAGUUGAAUGACCUCAAGAAUGCACAGUUUGCAUACCAGGAAAUCCACACAAACCUCUCCCAGGGUUCGGAUGUCUGCCACCGGGAUGCAAUCCGGGCGGCACUGGCCCUCAGCACCAUCUAUGAGCAGCAACUUCAAUAUGCAAAUGCCAGGAAGGUAUACUCCUCUCUCUGGCAGAUGUUCGUCAAGCAUGGCAAGGAAUAUGAUCUCAAGGCCGAGUUCGCCGAAGAGCUUUACCAGAAGUAUGCCCGCAUCACGAAACAGGAGACCAAGAGCGACUAUCCAACUAUCCGCCAGCUGGCUGUUGAUUAUCGCAAGGCUCUUGUCCGAUUCUAUGGUAUCGGCUAUGAAACCACGCUGAAGGCAACUUUGCAGCUCGCUGAGAUUGAUGAAGAGAAGGAAGAGCAUCGCGAAGAAGCCAUUGCGAUGUAUGAGGAAGCAGACCAAAAAUCGCGAGAGGUUUCGAAGGGGAAGAUCUCCGAGGAAACUCUGGCGGCAAUCCUGGCUGCUAGAAAGCGACUCCCGCAUCUCUACUCGAUCUCCAAGCUGUCGACUUCUCCAAGAGCGAUCGUUCUUUACUCUGAAGAGUUCCAGACUCAUCAUACCAAGAAUGGACACGCUCACCGAGAGACCUUGGGGUGGUUGAGCCUCCUCGCUAUUGCUCACGCAAAGCAAGGAAACAAGGAAUCGACGACCAAGGCUAACCAGACUCUUGAACUCUCUAUCUUCGAGAUCCUAAAGAGCGAGAACAGCUCUCAGAGACUGGCUGACUCCGGAUCGAAGAUUGCCGAGAUCUAUCUAAAAUCGGGUCUGAAAACCGAGGCUGAGCAGCUCCUGGUGCAGCUCCGCAGCCAGACGGUCUUUGGUCAUUCUAGUAUCAGUAAGACGCUGAACCUGGCACCCGGCGCAAAGCUGGAUCCGCGAACCUGGGCCUUCCUCGUUGCUUUUAGUGUGACCUUGGCUGGCAAGAGGGAAUUCUAUUCUUCUGCCGUCGCCGACUUGAUCAAUGAGGUCUUCAUGUACGAAGCAUACCAUCGAUCACUGUCACAAAAGGCCCCUUUCUUGACAACAUUGGUCUACGGGUCACGCCUCCUGCAGUUUACCAAGGACAUCCAGGAUGACGCUGGCACAACCCGAGUUCAUGAAGAACUCCUCGAGUACUUCUCAACCAAUUUGAAUGCUCCAAAGUCAAUCAACAAGUCCGUCCUCCGCGACUUCCUGCAGCUCGUGAUUGUCGAGAUCCACACUGUGGAGCCGGAUGUCUCGAUCCUGAAGACCGCGACUCUCACCGUCGGUGGAUACAUCGACAAAGCCAAGUUCCAAGAAGCAUUGGACCUUGCAUUCUUGGUCGACCGCUUGCAGCAGUUCCAAGGAGGGUACAGCAAUCUCGUCACGAUCGAGUUCGGGCUCAAGCUUGCUCUCGCCCUGGCCGGUCGUGGGAAGCCGAGAUCUCCAGAUGAGAAGCUCCGGGCCGCCAUGUUCGAGCUCUCGACAACUAUCACGAAGCAGAUCCUGAAGACGGUCCGCUCGUCUAACAUCAGCAUCACCGAGGUGCCGAUCGACCAGCUGAACCAAGUCAGCGGGUUGCUUGGCGACCAGCAAAACUUAGAUGACCUGGAGUGGGUUCUCACAGCGCUUUGGAACGCACGCGCUUCCCAGCCAUCCUGGUCGGCCUCCAUGGUCGUCAACAUCGGCCGCCGCCUCGUGGAGACACAGUUCGCCCGCGGCCAGCACGACCGCGCCAUCCACCUCUGCGAGGACAUGUGCUACAACCUCCGCCGCGUUUGGGGCGCGCUUGACGCUACGACUCUCGAGAUGCAAGCACUCCUCUCCUCCUUCUACACCGCAGCCGGCAACCACCGCCGCGCUAUGCAAGUGCACGAAGACGUGCUCCGCGACACCGUCUCGGACAAGGGCGACGAGCUGCCCCAAGCCGAAGCCUCCCAAGUGGCCGUGCACCACCUGGCUCUCCUGCAACGCACCUACCAGCGCCUGGGGGCCUGGGACAAGGAGCCACAGGUGUACGUGGAUCUGUACCAGCAGCUGGCGCACGUGUUCGGGUCGGAGGAGAGCUGGAAGCGAGCAGCGCCGCAGAGCGUGGCGAGCUGGCAGGCCAAAGGCGCGGACCAGCUGGGCGUGUGGGCGCGCCCGGCGAGCUUCGAGUUCGUGGCCGUGGCGGGCAGGAAACAUGCUAACUACCUACGCAAGUCGAGUUCCUCGUGGAGCUGGCUGGGCCAUGGUCACGGGCAUCGGUUGAGCCGCACGUAUAGCUCGACAUCGAUCUCGACGUGAGGUAUUGUGUCGAGCAGACUGUUUGACUUUUGAGGUUUUGUCUGGUUGUUGGACUCGGUUGCGUCUUGUUCCGUAUGGGGUUCCUUUUUGUAUCUUACUCUCGCUUGAUCUGGAUUGUUCUUGUCGUUGGUAGUACUCGUGUUUCGUGUUCCGCGGGGCUGUUUGAUCUGGGCUGUUGAUGCAUGUACGAUUGAUCGUCUUUCGCUUAUCUCUUCAAUCAAGUUAUAUUGAUUCCAUCAUUGGGUUUCCCUUGUGUCCAAGUUGGUUGUGAUGCUCCUGAAUCUCCCUCGGAGACAUUACAGGACUGUACUGUCUGUAUCAUCUUAUCUUAUCUCAUCUCGCCUACGGUCCUCCAAUCCAAUGCAUAAUCCGUUCUCUUACCUAAGAUAGGGCGGCAAGCGCAUACAUAAACCUGUGCAUAACGCGAACUUGCACAAAUUCCAAUUCCACCAGCAUCACAGAUCGUAACC